UACUUCCGGACUGUGCGGUCCACAUGCAGGAAGUGAGUUUUCAUCGACUGCUGCAGCCUCCCAGUGUCCGUGGAGAUCAGGAACUCCAGCUGUGGGGAACGGAGUCUUUAUUACACAUCACACGUUCUGUAUUAUCUCUGAUUGACGGAGGAUGGACAAGGACAGUAGUCACAGGACUGAGAGCAUAAUAAAAAUCACCCUGGAGAUCAUCUACCUGCUUACUGGGGAGGAUUACACAGUAGUGAAGAAGACAUCCAGUGAGUGUGAGAUACUCAACAGCCAGCCCCGUGUGUCAGGAGGACUGAGUAGAACCCAAAGCCCAAUCACGGUGCCUACACCUCACUCACUGAUACAUGAGAGACACAAUGACCAGAAAAUCCUGGAACUCACCAACAAGAUCAUUCAGUUGCUGACUGGAGAGGAGGGGGAGUAUAUAGAGGAACACAGGGGUCUGUACAAGGACUUGAUGAUGGAGAAUCACCGGCCCCUCACAUCACUGGAUGGGCCCAGUAACAGAGAUACCCCAGAGAGAUGUCCCCGUCCUCUGUAUUCCCAGGAUUGUACAGAGGAGAAUCACAGGAUCCCACAGGAGGAUCAGGAUGAAGCCCAAUUAAAUAAUAUUAAUAUCAAAGAUACAGAGGGAGAAAAAGAGACAUAUGUGACUGAUACAAAGGCAGAAGAUAUAGAUGGAGAAGAAGAGACGUAUGUGACUGAUAUGAAGGCAGAAGAUACAGAGGGAGAAGAAGAGACGUAUGUGACUGAUAUAAAGGCAGAAGAUAUAGAGGGAGAAGAAGAGACGUAUGUGACUGAUAUAAAGGCAGAAGAUACAGAGGGAGAAGAAGAGACGUAUGUGACUGAUAUAACGGCAGAAGAUACAGAGGGAGAAGAGGAGACGUAUGUUACUGAUAUAAAGGUAGAAGAUACAGAGGCAGAAGAAGAGACGUAUGUGAGGGGUGAUCAGCAGUCUAAGGAGGAGGAAAUCCCUACAGAUAUCAGCACAGCAGAUGGACACACAAGCAAGAAUAUCUCAGAAGGACAUCUAAUGUUAUCCCCGGAUUGUGACAUAAAAGAUAAUGACAGUAGACAGGAUUCUCCAGGAGAUAACCCCAUUACCCCAAUUAUACAUCCAGCUCUAUCAGCUGAUCCCCCUGAUCCUGGAAAAUGUUCUCCUGAUCACUCUGAUAUUGGUGCAUCUGUUACAGCUCUGAGAGUAGAUACAGUGUUUCCGUGUUCUAUAGAUGCCAAAUGUUUUACACAGAACACAAAGCCUAUUAACCCACAGACAGGUAAGGCAGGUGAGAGGCCAUUUCUAUGUUCUGAGUGUGGGAAAUGUUUUACAUACAAAUCACAUCUUGUUAUACAUCAGAAAAGUCACACAGGCGAGAGGCCAUUUUUUUGCUCUGAGUGUGGGAAAUGUUUUGUACGGAAAUCACAUCUUAUUAAUCAUGAGAGAAGUCACACAGGUGAGAGGCCAUUUUCUUGCUCUGAGUGUGUGAAAUGUUUUGCAUGGAAAUCACAUCUUGUUAUACAUCAGAGAAGUCACACAGGUGAGAAGCCAUUUUCUUGCUCUGAGUGUGGAAAAUGUUUUGCACGGAAAUCACAUCUUGUUAUACAUCAGAAAAGUCACGCAGGCGAGAGGGCAUUUUCUUGCUCUGAGUGUGGGAAAUGUUUUGUACGGAAAUCACAUCUUAUUAAUCAUCAGAGAAGUCACACAGGUGAGAAGCCAUUUUCUUGCUCUGAGUGUGGGAAAUGUUUUGCACUCAACUUCGAUCUAGUUAGACAUCAGAGAAGUCACACAGGUGAGAAGCCAUUUUUUUGCUCUGAGUGUGGGAAAUGUUUUGCACUCAAAUCAGUUCUUGUUAGACAUCAGAGAAGUCACACAGGUGAGAAGCCAUUUUCUUGCUCUGAGUGUGGGAAAUGUUUUACACGGAAAUCAGUUCUUUUUAGACAUCAGCAAACUCACACAGGUGAGAAUCUAUUUCCAUGUUCUGAGUGUGGGAAAUGUUUUGCACUCAUAUCCAAUCUUGUUAGACAUCAAAGAAGUCACACAGGUGAGAAGCCAUUUUCUUGCUCUGAGUGUGGGAAAUGUUUUGCACAGAAAUCACAUCUUAUUAAUCAUGAGAGAAGUCACACAGGUGAGAGGCCAUUUUCUUGCUCUGAGUGUGGGAAAUGUUUUGCACUCAAAUCAGAUCUUGUUAGACAUCAGAGAAGUCACACAGGUGAGAAGCCAUUUUCUUGCUCUGAGUGUGGGAAAUGUUUUGCACUCAAAUCAGAUCUUGUUAGACAUCAGAGAAGUCACACAGGUGAGAAGCCAUUUUCUUGCUCUGAGUGUGGGAAAUGUUUUGCACUCAACUUAGAUCUAGUUAGACAUCAGAGAAGUCACACAGGUGAGAAGCCAUUUUUUUGCUCUGAGUGUGGGAAAUGUUUUGCACUCAAAUCAGUUCUUGUUAGACAUCAGAGAAGUCACACAGGUGAGAAGCCAUUUUCUUGCUCUGAGUGUGGGAAAUGUUUUACACGGAAAUCAGUUCUUUUUAGACAUCAGCAAACUCACACAGGUGAGAAUCUAUUUCCAUGUUCUGAGUGUGGGAAAUGUUUUGCACUCAUAUCCAAUCUUGUUAGACAUCAAAGAAGUCACACAGGUGAGAAGCCAUUUUCUUGCUCUGAGUGUGGGAAAUGUUUUGCACAGAAAUCACAUCUUAUUAAUCAUGAGAGAAGUCACACAGGUGAGAGGCCAUUUUCUUGCUCUGAGUGUGGGAAAUGUUUUGCACUCAAAUCAGAUCUUGUUAGACAUCAGAGAAGUCACACAGGUGAGAAGCCAUUUUCUUGCUCUGAGUGUGGGAAAUGUUUUGCACUCAAAUCAGAUCUUGUUAGACAUCAGAGAAGUCACACAGGUGAGAAGCCAUUUUCUUGCUCGGAGUGUGGGAAAUGUUUUGCACAGAAAUCACAUCUUAUUAAUCAUGAGAGAAGUCACACAGGUGAGAGGCCAUUUUCUUGCUCGGAGUGUGGGAAAUGUUUUGCACAGAAAUCACAUCUUAUUAAUCAUGAGAGAAGUCACACAGGUGAGAGGCCAUUUUCUUGCUCUGAGUGUGGGAAAUGUUUUGCACUCAAAUCAAAUCUUGUUAUACAUCUCAGAAGUCAUACAGGUAAGAAUCCAUUUUCUUGCUCUGAGUGUGGGAAAUGUUGUCUAACAAGAUGUGAUUUACUUACACAUCACAGAAGUCACACAGGUGAGAAGCCAUUUCCAUACUCUGAGAAAUAAAUCAUCUCUUGUUGCACACAAUAGGCAUCACUCAGGUGAGGAACCAUUUUAAUCUUCUGGAGUAUACUUAUCAUUGCCAUGCGUUGUUCUUCAAGGUUCUUAUCAUAUCUCCUAUGCUUUUUGCAAUAUACAUGCUACCGGUGGGUGAAAUAAUCUUCACACCACGUACAGCAAUAUAUGCUUUAUGGCAGGCAUGUCCAAACUGCGGCCCUCCAGCUGUUGAGAAACUACACAUCCCAGCAUGCCCUGACACAGCUUUAGCAUUCUC